GCACUGGUGUGAACUGUGAAUGUAACGUGGACUUCAUUAAAAACCGAUAUUCUUAAUUAAAAACCGGUGUUUAUUGGUAUCUCUAAAAACCGGUUUUUCUUUGGACCGGCUUACAUCCCUACUAGACAGACAGCAAGCAUGGAUUUGAUUAGUUUGAUCUUGUUUAUUUGUUACAGAAUUUUAAUUUAAAAAUAAAAAUCUAUGUACAGAUAUUAGUGGAAUUAAAGAGAUAUUCGUUUAUGUGUGUUAUCGUAAAUUUAUAUACAAAAUAGGGUUUAUUUUUAUUAAAAAUUUUAGGACAUGUUCAUGAAUUAGUGAUAUCUAUUUACAAUCGUAUUAACUGAAAUUAUUUUAUGAAAAUGAACCUCGACCCAAAAGAAAAUUCAGACUUACUUCAAGAAAGGAGCAAGGUAGAUACUAACGGUAAUGCUAAUCAGGAAGAAGUCCGAGAGCCUCCUGAUGGUGGUUUCCGAGCUUACGCGGUUGUUCUCGCAUCAUUUUUUACCAACGGACUGCUUUUUGGGGUAAUAAAUUCCUGCAGUGUUGUAUAUCCCGUUCUCGAGAUAAUAUUAAAAGAACAGGGAGCCACAAAUGAAGAGAGCCGUGCUGCUCUGGUUGGUGCCUUGACUAUGGGUAUGACGUUUUUGUUGUCGCCUUUGUCUGGAGUGCUGACAGGAAUAGUGGGAAUACGCUUGACGGCUGUAUUAGGCGGAACCAUCGCCGCACUUGGUUUAAUUGUAUCUUCGUUCGUUGUUGACAACAUCAAUGCUCUCUAUUUUACAUAUAGUAUUAUGUAUGGUCUGGGAGCAUCUUUUGCUUAUACCCCGUCUCUAGCAAUAUUGGGACACUAUUUCAAAAAACACUUGGGCUUAGUUAACGGUCUUGUAACAGUAGGAAGCUCUGUUUUCACUGCGUUCAUACCUUCCCUCAUGGAGUAUAUGCUGAAUAAUUACGGUUUGCAGUGGUUGUUUCGGUUCUUAGGUCUUUUGACAUUCGGCGUUGCUCUUUGCGGCUUGCUGUUUAAGCCCUUAAUGAAUAUUCCAAAACCUUCGAGAAGAGAUGGAAAUCUCAAAUCCUUUUUAACGAAAAUAAUCAAUAUACAAAUUUGGAAAAACAGAAAGUAUAGAUUUUGGGCAUUAUCGAUGCCUGUAGCUUUGUUUGGCUAUUUUGUGAGUUACGUUCACAUUAAAAAGUUUAUGAAUAAUAAUUUUCCCGGUGCUAAUUACAAUGUGCCUUUACAGUGCAUAGCGAUAACAUCUGGUAUGGGUAGAUUAUUGUUUGGAGUUUUAGCUGAUAAACCAGGUAUAAACAAAAUUUUGUUGCAACAAAUUUCUUUUUAUGUAAUAGGAAUUCUGACAAUAGCUUUGCCAUUUGUUAGAUCUUUCUCCAUGGUAGUGGUCAUUUCACUUGGAAUGGGUAUAUUUGAUGGAGCGUUCAUCGCCCUCAUAGGGCCAAUCGCUAUUCAGUUAUGUGGUAGAGCAUACGCAGCUCAAGCAAUAGGUUGCAUGUUAGGGAUGUCUGCAAUGCCACUUUCCGCGGGUCCACCGAUCGCUGCUUAUAUACAUCGAUUAAGUGGAUCUUAUACGUUACCUUUCGUUUUGGCGGGAAUAUCGCCUAUUGUUGGGGCAACUUUAAUGUUUUCCGUACAUUUCCAACGGCAAAAUGGAGAGACUGAAAUUGUUACUAAUGGCCACGCUCCUUCAGAUGUUGAAAAAUCGAUACCGCUGCUAGUUUCAAAUGGGAAUGCUAAACAACAGACAGCUUUAUAACAACUAGAGUACAUUUGCGGCCGUUGUUUUAUGAGCAAGAAAUUUCUGUUUUAUACCACAUUUUUCAUGUAUGCAAUUUACCUUGUAAGUAACAUGAAACUGUUCAUUUACUUGGCAUUAUGGGUGUAAUUUAUUCCGUACAUGUCUAUUUCUGCAUUUAAAUGCAUUGUUUUUAGUUACCAUUUAAAGUUCCUAGUUUAUUAUGUUUAGUUUUAUUUAUAUAGUUUUUAAUUAUAUUUUUAAUACCGUGUUACCAUGUUAUUAUUUUGAAAAAUUAAAUAUUUUCAAUGGAUAUAUUGCAAACUGAAAUUUUAUUUGAAUAGGUAUAUUAAGUGUUGAAACGAGACGCUAUAAUAAAUUUAUUUCGGACAGUACCACAAUUGUACCUACAGUAAAACAGUUCAAACUAGAGUUAAAAUAUUUUAGAUUGUUUUUUUAAUAGUGACUUCUUUCGGAUUUUCUCCACAAUGUUGGUUAUUACGGAUUAGGGUCUAUAAUUAUAAUAAUAUUCUCAUAGUGCAUAAUGUGUAUACAGGUUACCCUCCUAUAAAGCGGUAAAUACGUUCCUACAAAAUCUUGUGUUGUGCGAAGCUGUGUUAUAUGAGAUUAGAAGCCAGCACAAAAAAGAGUAAUUUUUCUGAAUGAAACAUCAUAUAAAUCAUCAUCAUGUAAACUUUCGGAUAUUCCCAUAUAUUGUGUGUUCAUAGUGCUUAAUGUAAUUUUUUUAAUAAUUUUAAAGAAAAAUCUCGUUAUCGUGUUGUAAAAGUACCGUGUUAUAAGAGGGUUUUGGGGAAUUUUGCUUUUCGUGUUAGAGUGGAACCGUAUUAUAAAAUACCGUGAUAUGGGAGGGUUAUCUGUAUUAUUGAUUCGAAUUAUCUUAUUUUCACGGUGUGACAUGUACACCAUGCAACUAUACUUUCUAACUAAUAGAAAAGUUGACGGGAUAUUGGGACCUUCUAGUAUAUAAUUAUAUUUUUUUAACACGUCCCUAUAUUAAAUUAUCCAUUGUGCCAUUGUACAUCUUCAGAACAAUAAAUUGCGGUACAACUAAAUUAAUACCUAUUUUUUGUUACUCAUAAAUAUUUUAACCGAACUAAAUACGUAAUCAGCGUUUUAAAAUUCCAUGAAAAUUUAACGAUCUAAAUUUUAUUGCUGUAAAAAUUUUUUUUUGUGAGAAAUACAACCGCAGUUUAUUCUGUCUGUUCUUUUCUUCAUAUCUGUGUCGGGAUCACGACGGUCAAUAUGUUGUUAUUUGGCUAUUUUCGUCCCGAUCAUAAGUGUCACACUUUAAAUUUUAAAGAAGGAAGACUAAAUUUGGGUUGGAUAUUUACUAAAGUCAAAUGAUUGUCGAGCCACAUUCCCAUAGUUUUCAAAUACCAUAAAUACACUAUGAAAUUGUUCAGCCAAUCUUAGUUUACUUUGGAAUUUCUUAAAUUAUUUUUUAUUAUUCUAAUCGGAAAUUUUAAAAAUGUAGUAAUAUAGUCGGUAAUAUAUUCGAAAUAAUUCGAAUAUAGAAUUAAUACUAGCAGUAGAAUAAAUAAAUUUUGUACAACCGUAAUUUUUGUUGUCGACACUAUGUUUCAAAAGUGGUUUUUUUUACGCACCUACAGUGAAAUUUCGUUGCGAUUUUCAAAAUUAUGUAUGUAUAAUAAUAUACCGAGAGGUGAAAGACUAUUUGGUUUAAGCGAAAUUUUUGCAACUUUACAUGAGAGCCAUAGUUGAAAAUUUGGAAAAAAUAUCUAGACAAAAAACUUCUUCAGAUAUUUGAAUGGGGUAGCCAAAAUUGAAGUUCAGUUAAAAACAUUGGAACUGUUGAUGCUAAUACCAAAUCAAACGCAUCUUUAAUUAUAAAGAUAAAUGUUGCGUAUUAAGCAAAAUUUAUAGCUGAUAUAGAAGGUUAAUCUUGCGUGGAGUAGGACUAAGCAUGAAACAUGACAAAAUAAUUGUAGAAAAAUACAAAUGUGUUCUACAAAUUACCUGUGCAUUUUCUCCCUCUGUGAGGCUUCAGAAAGUACUAUUCUUAAGGUCAUUAGAUUAUUCAAUGCCUCUCAAACUAAACAUAAACAAUUUAGACACGAAUAUUAUUAAGGCGAUUAAAGUAAAAAUAUUACUAUAUAUGGUAAUAUGCAUUAUAGAUCAUAUUAUUGCCGUAUUUACAUUGAAUUGUGUAGUUUAUAAAUAUUUUAUGGAAUAAUAUCUCAUAAACACUUAACGUUAGGGAACCGUGUCUGUAAGCAAUAGGUAGUAAUUACGGUGAUUCCGAAUUGAUUGAGUGCGGGUUCAUAUGAAGUUACUAAAUUUUACCAAUUAGACAAGUAUUUUUUGUUAAUAAAGUUUAAUAAUAAAGUUAAUAAAAUUUCUAGUGCUCGUAUCUUACGGAUUACAGCCCGUUUCCUCUAAUAAAUAGGUACGUAAUACGUAAAUAAUGUAUUUAUUUAAAAGUGCUUCUAUAGUAGACAUUAGUCGAUGACGUUAGGUAGGUAAGAGGUGUUUGUUUUAUUAAAUAGUGCAUUUUUUAUUAAUUAUGUCAUGAUCAUAACAAUUUAUAAAUGUUUUUUAAAGUCUAACGGAGCUGAAUCGUUAUAGUCCAGUAUGAAUUUCAAUUAUUAAAAAAAUAGCAAUAAUUUAACAAAAUGACAACGAUGUGUGAUAAUUAAAUUGCAUGCAUAAUCAGAUGAAGAUGAAUUAUUCAAUAAAAUUGAUUAAGUAUAUAUAUUUUUAAAAUGAUAAAUUUUUACGGUAACUACAUAUUAUUAAGUGAUAAUGUGCCUUCAUAUCUACAAUAAUGCGUCACACGUUUGUAUUACAGUUGAAUUGAUUUACGCAUCAAAUAAUUGCUAAUGAUAAUGGUUCUUUGUUCAAAUUAGUGGAUGUUAAUAUGUUGCGAUGGUUUAUUGUAUACGUUUAUUUAUCAAAAGUACGUUAGGUAUAUUGACUGUGAUAGUGAAACCAUAAUCAUUGAUCAUUUACUUAGAUAAUCUAUGUAAAUCAUAGGUAUGUAAGAAUAAAAAUACAUGUAACUCUUGUUAUUUUUAGUAACCUAGUAACAAUUAUAAAAUGUAAUUUGCAUACUGUUGAAGUUUUGUAUGAACAUGUAAAUAUAUAUAUUUUUCACGGUCAGAAGUAUUUAUUUAUUUAAAUCAAAAAAAAUAUCGGCAUUGACAAAUUUAACGCAUCUUUACUCGAAUUUUGAAUUGCUCGAAAUAACACAAUUAUAUCGAUAUAUCUAGCUUACAUUGAAAUGUACAAAAGAACUAAAUAAUAAAAUUGUGCAUUGCUAAAAAAAUAGAACUAUGAAUACAUAUGUAUUUGAUUUACUAUGUAAAGGCUCCCAAGGGCAACGUGCCGAUAUACUAAAUAAAAUUUUAUUAAAUAAA